UGACGACGUGGGCGUGUCCAGACGUCAAUGUUUAUGUCGUCCUGUGUGCGUGUGUGUGACCGCAGCGACGAUCCGAUGUGAUUUCUCCGACAUUCGUCAGUCUUCACGCAAUUCCACCCGCUUCUCCACCGCAGUAUGACCCAGUUUUCCACGUGGCGGAGCACUAGCAGGUGAAAGACGGAGGAGACGGAGGGAAACGCCGGGAUGGCGGGCGCCUUCAAAGGCUGCCAGAAGAUCCGCGGUCCGCAGAUCCGGAGCCUGAUGGAGGCGAAGGACUUCUUCCUGUUCGACUGCGACGGCGUCAUCUGGCACGGCGAGCAGGCGGUCCCCGGCGCCGCCAAGGUGGUGAGCGCGCUGAUCAGCCGCGGCAAGAACGUCGUGUUCGUCACCAACAACUCCACCAGGCCGCGGGAGAACUACGUGCACAAGUUCUCCCGCCUGGGCUUCACCGACGUGAUGCUGGAGCAGAUCUUCAGCUCGUCCUACUGCUCCGCGCUGUACCUGCGCGACGUGGCGAAGGUCCGCGGGCAGGUGUUCGUCAUCGGCUGCGACGGGCUGCGCAGGGAGCUGCAGGAGGCGGGCAUCCCCUGCGUGGGGGAGGAGGACGACCCGGCCGCCACCAUCUACAACUGCGCCCUGGCCCCCGACGUCAAGGCGGUGCUGGUGGGACACGACGACAAACUGACUUUUCUCAAACUGGCCAAAGCCUCGUGUUUCCUGCGGGACCCGGAGUGUCUGUUCCUGGCCACCGACAACGACCCCUGGCACCCCCUGUCAGGAGGAAGGAUACUGCCAGGUUCUGGGUCCCUCAUUGCAGCACUGGAGGUGGCCUCUGGUCGCAAGGCCACUGUGAUCGGCAAACCCAGCCGCUUCAUGUUCGAGUGCAUCUCCAGCCAGUUUCGGGGGGUGGACCCCGCGAAGUGCCUGAUGGUCGGCGACCGCUUGGAGACGGACAUGCUGUUCGGGUUUAACUGCGGCCUCGACACCAUGCUCACUCUCACCGGCGUGUCUCAGGUCGAGGAGGCCGAGGAGUACCGGAAUAGCGAGCUGACCACCAACCACAGCUUUGUGCCCGACUACGUGGUGGAUUCCAUUGCUGAUUUCUUACCCGCUUUUGAGGAACUGGACGAACAGAGCAAUUGAUGAGUCCCCUUUGCCUCCGGUGCUCAGCACAGAUUGCAUCUCCUACAUUUCAAAGCAAUGUUUAGUCUGGCGAAUGCAAAAAAAAAAGAAGAAAAUGUUCCAAAUCCAAAAUGAUCCAAAACCAUAAAUGUUCCUUGGAAGAACAUGCGUAGGCCAGAGUCUUCUCCUGAAAAUACUCACAGUAAUCCAGUGCAUACUUCAGUGUUUCUUAUCGUGUCGUGCCCAUUUGUGACUUGACGGUUCCUUGUUGCUGUAAGUGUUUAUGUUAAUAUAUGAAUAUACUGCACUUGUUCAUAGGUCGUGUUUGAUAUUGGGGUUUUGAACACCCAGAGGUAUUUUUGUAAAGCCAUGAAUUGUUCUCUGAUGGCAUUCAUGUGUUUUAGGAGCUGGUUCUUUUGUUAUGUUGCCAAAAAAAAGGGCGGACAUGUAUUCAUGAACACAGAUUAGUUGAACUCGUAUGUAUUUGCCUGGCUGUGACUUCUCCUUGAUUCAUUCGUGACGAGAGGAGAAAGUAAAAAAAACUCUGGAGCUUUUCUCCGCUCUGGUUUAGACUGAGGUGACAAUCUGCCAGUCGAGAAAAAGUCAAGUGUAUUUUUCACCUUUGGCCUUUUCUCCCACGUCUGAGCUAAUUGUGCCAACAUUCAUGUGAGUGAUUAACAGAGAGAUGAGUCUCAUAGUUAGAAAACCGGUAGCACACUGACGGCGGCCGAUCAUACUGCACUGUUGUGUAACCUCAAUGUCGUUAAUGUUUACCAUAUAGAGCAUGCCAGCAACGGUAACAAUAAAUCCCUAAAAACGGA